GCCUUUCCUGCGGAGGGUGUAUUUCCAUGCCACUGGUGCUGAGAGAGCUGAUUUUCUGAUAGAUCCACAAACAGGCGCCUCCACUGGAAGACAUUGCAGACGACUGCAGUCCAGGCAUGAGAGAGCUGAUAGAAGCUGCCCUGGAGAGGAACCCCAACCACCGCCCGAGAGCAGCAGACCUACUAAAACAUGAAGCCCUGAACCCCCCCAGAGAGGACCAGCCACGUUGUCAGAGUCUGGACUCUGCCCUCUUUGAGCGCAAGAGGCUGCAGAGUAGGAAGGAGCUGGAACUUCCGGAGAACAUUGCCGAUGCUUCAUGUACCGGAAGCACUGAGGAAUCCGAGAUGCUCAAGAGACAGCGUUCUCUCUACAUAGACCUCGGAGCCCUGGCUGGCUAUUUCAACCUUGUUCGGGGUCCCCCGACACUUGAAUAUGGCUGAACAAUGGUGCGUUUGCUCUAAACUGGGACAGCAUUUAUCUCCUGGAAGUUGGUUCUGCUGACUCUACCUGGUGGCUCUGUAUAGUGAAUUAUGCCAUUUAUUAGGGGACAGUGUGGCUCCGAUGACUCAUGAAUGUGACUCUAUUUAAUUUGUGAAGCUACUCUGGUGUAGACCAGGUCUCAAGGUUCUCAUUUCUCAGUUGGUGUGACUCUAAGGAAAGAAGUCGAGAGUUCAGAGAAGGAUCAUUUCUGCUGACUGAUUCCAUUCACUGUGUACUUUGCUCAA